AUGGUCAGAAAGGUCGCCAGCACCAUCCUGAGAGUGGACAGUAACGAGACAAUUAUUCGAGCUCUGGGCCUUGAUUCACCAGAGCAAGAACUCUCCCGGGAGUCAUUUCUCCAACAAUGGCGCACAUAUGGGUUUCUGGUCAAAACCUUUCAGGAAAGCCAAGCCUUUUCGGGUGCGAACCUCGGUCUUUUGAAUGGAAAGAUAGUGCCGGAUACAUCGUCGUUACUCGAUGACCCCCGAGAGCAUGCAGAAGUUAUACAUGCAGACCAUCGAAACAUGACCAAAUUCAGCGGGCGAGAUGAUCCAAAUUACCUCAAGGUGCUGGGAGAAAUCCAAAGGGGGAUAAACUCCGCCAGUGUCAAGUCGAAUUUGAACAUAUCUGAGGAGGAGAAAAAGGAGUGUUUGGGCAGUCUCUACUAUGAAGCAUUGUUUAGCAGACAACGGACGAUCAAGAAUGCCAUACCAAAAACACGCGAGUGGUUUUACCAUUCCAGUGUUUUCCAAACUUGGUACUCGAGAAAGAGAGCUUCAACCGACCGCGGGCUUCUGCGGUUGAAAGGAAAGCCAGGAGCUGGAAAAUCCACGGUGAUGAAAUACGCACUUGGUCAGCUGGAAUGUCUUGAGGGGAGUCGCAGCAAUGUCGCGAGCUUCUACUUCAAUGCUCGCGGGAAUGCCAUGGAAAAGUCGCCUCUUGGUCUCCUUCGGUCAGUCCUCCACCAACUAUGCCUCCAGGACUGUCAAAUCUUGGCUAAAUUCUCCCAGACCUACCAGAGAAGGCAGAGUUGCGAUGGUGGCAGUUAUCUUCCAUGGUCAGAGCUGGAGCUGGAGAGCUUUUUUGAGAAAGCAUUCAAAGAAAGCAGUACCCGGCGCACGUUCAUCUUCAUUGAUGCUCUUGAUGAGUGCAGCGAAGAAAGCGUACGCGAAGCCGUCUACUUCAUUGAUCGGCUUGCACAAACCGCAUUGGAAGGCGAAGUCUUGCUCAACAUCUGCCUCUCAAGCAGACAUUAUCCGGCCAUCAGGAUUCCCAACUGCCCAGAAGUCGUUGUCGAGGCGCACAAUGACUCUGAUAUCUCAACAUACAUCCGAGACAAGUUGCGUUUUAUCCCCGCUAGCGAGAGAAACGAAGCACAUGCGAUCCAAGCGUUCCUGGAGGAAAUGGCGUCAGGUGUUUUUCUCUGGGUCGUUUUGGUGGUGGAGCUUGUUGUGCGAGAUAUCAAUUCCGGACAACCCAUGAGCAAAGUGGCCAAGAGAGUGAAGGGUGUACCGAAAGACAUGGAGGACUUAUACCACCAACUCUUCCGCAGCCUCACCCCUGACGAGCUUACAUUCUCCGUGCCCCUCAUUCAAUGGGUCCUACUUCAUAAGGACUACUUGCCACGAACCGGAAACGGUUACUCUUCAGACGCCCCUCCCAAGAUUCCCAGAACCCGAGCUGACGGAGGAAUUUGA